AAAGCUAUUGACAAUUUUGUGUAUGUCCAAGUCAGUCAACCCCCCCCAACUUCUUUCUGAGUUCUCUGUCCAAAAGCAGAGACAAUCCACAUUUUAUGAAUUUCUGAUUGGUGUCCUCUGUUUCUCAUUCUCAGACAGAAACAGAGACUCUCUGUUUUGAAACAGAGGAAGAGAAGCAAAAAAAAAUGAAAACAGAGACAUUGACUUUGGUGCUGGUGAAUCUGGCUGGUAUAAUGGAGAGGGCAGACGAGUCAUUGUUGCCAGGGGUGUACAAGGAGGUUGGUGAAGCUUUACACACAGACCCAACUGGGUUAGGCUCACUCACUCUGUUCCGAUCCAUAGUUCAGUCUUCUUGUUAUCCACUUGCCGCUUACUUGGCUGUGCGUCACAACCGUGCCCAUGUCAUUGCUCUCGGCGCUUUUCUCUGGGCCGCCGCCACCUUUCUCGUUGCCAUCUCCUCCACCUUCUUCCAGGUGGCAGUUUCAAGAGGUUUAAACGGGAUUGGACUUGCAAUAGUGACACCCGCCAUUCAGUCCCUCGUAGCUGACUCAACUGAUGAUAGCAACCGUGGUAUGGCUUUUGGAUGGCUACAACUAACAGGAAACCUUGGUUCUAUAAUUGGUGGGCUAUCUUCUGUAUUAAUAGCCUCAACAUCAUUCAUGGGCAUCCCUGGUUGGAGAAUUGCCUUCGUUUUGGUUGGACUAGUAAGUGUCAUAGUAGGAACUUUGGUCUACCUAUUUGCAAAUGAUCCAAACUUUUCUGAGACUGAUAGAGCUAAAGGUGGAAUUCACCGUAAACCCUUUUGGUUGGAAGUUAAAGACGUAAUUAAAGAAGCAAAGUCUGUUAUGAGAAUCCCAUCUUUCCAGAUAAUUGUGGCACAGGGUGUCUCUGGAUCAUUCCCCUGGUCAGCAUUGUCAUUCACCACUAUGUGGUUAGAACUUAUUGGGUUCUCCCAUAAAACAACAGCAUUACUUUGGACGCUCUUUAUAAUUGCUGCUUCACUUGGGGGUCUGUUUGGAGGGAAAAUGGGGGAUUCGCUUGCAAAACGCUUACCCAAUUCUGGGAGAAUACUCCUUUCGCAGAUAAGCUCAGGUUCUGCCAUUCCUUUAGCUGCGAUUUUACUGCUGGUAUUGCCUGAUGAUCCAUCCACAGGAUUCAUGCAUGGGCUGGUUUUGUUUGUAAUGGGAUUGAGCAUAUCCUGGAAUGCUCCAGCAACUAACAAGGUUGGGUGGGGAAGAAAUGGAAAAGCAAGAAAACCGUUGCUUCAUCAGUUAUCACAAGCACUGUAGUGCACAUGACACAUGCAUUGUGUGCAUCCACAAUUUAAUUAAACACCCUAGAAAGUUUUUUAAGCUAACAUAAAUACUAUGGGUCUAAAUGUCCAUUAAGAUGGAUGGUUGGUACAAUUGAGUUGAGAAUGGAUGAGGUUGCUUGGUUGGACUUGUUAGUGCAGGUGGCUGCUGUAGUGCAGCCUCAGCACUACAGGUUAAUUUAGAGUGACCCUUGUUGUUAAGAGUGUGAUGUAAUCAGUCUUGCUCAUAUGGUCAUGGGAAAUAGGAAUGUUUCCAACAUUUAGGUUAGGAAGGCCCUGAUGUUGAAACAAACAUUGCAGUCAAUCCACUUGGUGAUAUCAAUUUUUAAAAAUCCCAUUAUACAUUUUCCUGUGUUUUAAUGGAGAAUAUUUGAUGGUGAAGAGUUAGUAUUGUCUAAUACUGAAAAUUGUUGUAGGAAAGUGUAAUGUACACGAGGGGUCAAAGAAUGAUAUGCAGAAGCAUGCUAACUUAAGGAGGUGACUUUAGGAAAACCUGAAUGGUGCUUCCACUUCUGGAUUCCUAGCCGUACUAGGUAGCAUGUUAGAUCUCAAAAUAUUUAGGGCAGUGCACUGCAUCAGUGUUAGUCUUUUGGUGGUAGUAGUAUAAUCAAACCAGUGAGUUUAGCAGUACAUGAAGUAGAAAAGGCAGUUGCAGUUGAGUUAUUAUCACAGAUUUUUAUUUCUUAAAAACAAGUCAUGGAGAGGUUCAAGAUCUGCGCAAUGUGCAAAAAAAUGGACUUAUUUGCUAAUUUAUUCAUAUAUGCAUCUAUAUUUUCAUUGUAUUGUACUCAUUUUGUGAAGAGUGGGGGGUGGGGGGUGGGAAGGGAGUUCAUGUUAGUCAUGAAAUAUAGCAACCAAUCCAAUCCUCAACUCUAUUGCUCUACUUCUUUUUCCUAUACAGACAUUUUUUUUUUUUUUUUUUUAUACCAAAACAGCCACUCUUGUAUACAUGAAAAAAUUGUAGGCAUGAUGUGUCAAGCUAAAACUUACUCUUGACUGCACUUCUUUGCAUGGCCAAGAAGUCCCCAAGUUAUGGUUGGAGUCAUCCUGGAAGAACUUUGAACUCUCUAGGAAAGACCUGAUAGAGAUAGAGAUUCAUUCCUCCACAUAUGUGCUGCUACUAUGUCAAAGUCCACAAUGUCAUAUUAGAGUGACAGGCCAAGACUAUUGAAGUUUUAAUAUGAGCUGAUGAAAUUAAAUAUGCAUACCUCUAGAUUUCUAGUAUUCUUUGAUAUAUAAACAAUGUACACAGUCCCAUAUUUGCAGAGAUAGUCCCUGAGAAGUCACGCACGAGCAUCUAUGCAUUGGAUCGAUCUUUUGAGUCCAUACUAUCGUCAUUUGCUC